CCACAGUGCCUGCUACGCGUCCCCGGAAACCCAUCCCCCACGCCUCGUCCUUACCGUUAUACCCCGACACAGGUCUCGCACUCUCGCCUGUGCCUGGCCUCGUCUCGUCUCUGCGCACGCCUCGCCUCGCCUCGCUCGCCUCGCCUGGCUUCUCUCUGUCUAGCUGCUUCUCUCUCUAGCCCCCCCUUCCUCCCUCUCCUCCUGGCUCCUCCCCCACUCGCACAGUGCCCAAUGCCGCGCAAACCCUAGUGCCCCCACUCCCAAUCUCGCGCGGCAGCAGCCAUGGGAAACUGCUGCCGCUCGCCGGCCGCCGCGGCGCGGGAAGACGUCAAGUCGUCGCACUUCCCGGCCUCCGCAGGCGGCGGGAAGAAGAAGCCCCACCAGGCGCGGAACGGCGCCGGAGGCGGGGGCGGCGCCGGGGAGAAGAAGCGGCUGUCGGUGCUCGGGGAGGAAGGGUGCGACGUGGGCGCCGGGAUCGAGGAGAAGUACGCGCUGGACAGGGAGCUCGGGCGCGGCGAGUUCGGGGUGACGUACCUGUGCAUGGACCGGGGCACGCGGGAGCUGCUGGCCUGCAAGUCCAUCUCCAAGCGGAAGCUGCGGACGCCCGUGGACGUGGAGGACGUGCGGCGGGAGGUGGCCAUCAUGCGGCACCUGCCCAAGAGCGCCAGCAUCGUGUCCCUGCGGGAGGCGUGCGAGGACGACGGCGCCGUGCACCUCGUCAUGGAGCUCUGCGAGGGAGGGGAGCUGUUCGACCGCAUCGUCGCCAGGGGCCACUACACGGAGCGCGCGGCGGCCGCGGUCACCCGCACCAUCGUCGAGGUCGUGCAGCUCUGCCACCGCCACGGCGUGAUCCACCGGGACCUCAAGCCCGAGAACUUCCUCUUCGCCAACAAGAAGGAGAACUCGCCGCUCAAGGCCAUCGACUUCGGCCUCUCCAUCUUCUUCAAGCCCGGUGAAAAGUUUUCGGAAAUUGUGGGAAGUCCAUACUACAUGGCUCCUGAAGUCUUGAAGAGGAACUAUGGACCUGAAAUAGACAUAUGGAGCGCUGGUGUUAUCUUGUAUAUUUUGUUAUGUGGUGUUCCUCCAUUUUGGGCAGAGACUGAACAAGGAGUUGCACAAGCUAUUCUUCGGGGAAAUAUAGAUUUUAAGCGAGAACCCUGGCCCAAUGUUUCAGAUAAUGCUAAAGAUCUUGUCCGGCAGAUGCUUCAACCUGAUCCAAAGCUCAGGCUAACAGCAAAGCAAGUUCUUGAGCAUCCCUGGCUUCAAAAUGCUAAGAAAGCUCCAAAUGUUCCUCUUGGAGACAUUGUAAAGUCAAGGCUGAAACAGUUUUCAAGGAUGAACAGAUUCAAAAGAAGAGCUCUAAGGGUUAUUGCUGACCACUUGUCAGCUGAAGAGGUUGAGGACAUAAAGGAGAUGUUCAAGGUGAUGGAUACUGAUAAUGAUGGUAUAGUUUCUUAUGAAGAGUUAAAGAGUGGGAUUGCAAAAUUUGGUUCUCAUCUUGCAGAAUCAGAAGUGCAAAUGCUUAUUGAAGCUGUGGAUACAAAUGGUAGAGGAGCACUAGAUUAUGGUGAAUUUUUGGCUGUCUCACUUCAUUUACAAAGGAUGGCAAAUGAUGAGCACCUUCGGCGGGCCUUCCUAUUUUUCGACAAGGAUGGCAAUGGUUUCAUUGAGCCUGAGGAGCUUCAGGAAGCCCUGAAGGAGGAUGGGGGAGCCGAUACCAUGGACGUGGUCAAUGACAUAUUGCAAGAAGUUGACACAGAUAAGGAUGGUAAAAUUAGCUAUGAAGAAUUUGUAGCGAUGAUGAAAACUGGCACAGAUUGGAGAAAAGCAUCGCGGCAUUAUUCAAGAGGGCGCUUCAAUAGCCUUAGCAUAAAGCUUAUAAAAGAUGGGUCUGUAAAACUGGGUAGCGAUAUCUCUGAGGAGCAUCUGCUGAAGGAUGCACGCCUGCCUGUCGGCCCAUCUCCGGUGUACGUGUACCUGACGCUCAAACGCCACCAGCCCGUCACAUUUGGCUGGCUGGCUGUCACGGUGUACUACUCACGGGCACGCCGCCGACCCGGCCCGGCACUGGCAGGCGCAGAGAAUCCCCACUUCUCCCAGCGAAGCAGAGCCGCCCGCAAGGAGGACGGCGUCCAGGUAUGUUGCGGGCCCGCGCGGCAGCAGCCACCGACAAUAAUGGCGGCACUCCAUCCACAUCGGAGUCCACUCCCUCCCCGACCACCCACCGCAUCGCCAGUCGCCACGCGACAGCGACGCCCCGCGCCCGCGGACGCCGACGGCUGGGCCCUGCCUGCCGCCUGCGCCUCUGCACUCUGGGGCGCGGCGCGGGGCCCAGGCGUCGGAGCUACACGCUCGCACACUCUAGAAGAGUUGUUGUGCGGCGCCCGCCGGGCGCGGCGGCUGUUGGAUCCCGUGCCGCUGCCUCGCCUCGGACCCGGGCGCACGCGGCACGUCGGCUCGCACCCAGCCAUGUCGGCGCCUGGAUUCGAUGACCCCCAGCUUCCGCCGCUGCGGCUGCGCGCCUCGUGCAGCGGCAGCGGCGGCGGCGGCGGCGCGAUCGCCAGCCCACGCUCCUGCUCCUCCUCUGAUACCUUCGUCAGCAUGUGUUCCACGCCCUCAGGUACGCUGAAUCCGUGCGGCGGGCUAUGGUCGCCACCUCGCGCGCCGUCGGAGGCGUCCUCGUCGGAGAUGGAGUUCGGGACGGCCCGCGAGUACGACACCACUGAUCCGUUCUUCGCUGACAACUGGCUCUACGACAACCACCUGUUCCACAGCAAGCCGGAGAGCGAUGGCAGCGAAGGGGAGGACAAGUUCAUUGUUGGUCCUGACGUCAGCUUGCAGCGGAGUGAGGUGCGGGAGCUUGGUGAUGGCUGCGGUCGCGGGCACGUACAUAGAGACUGCAAUGCGGACUCUGAUGGGUGCACGGAGAGGAAUGCUUGCUCGUCAUCACCUUGGGGUUGCUGCUAUAAUGAGGAGUUGGUGAGAGAUUCUUGCUCCGCUGUUUCUGUUUAUGGGAGGUAUCAGAUCAUGGAGGACCACAUGGAGGGGCUUGAUGAGUGUGUUGCAGAAGCGUUCCGGUUCAGGCUGAAUGCGUUUGUUGAUGCUGGCGAUCUGUUAGUGGAUUUCAAGAAAGCAGAGGACGACGGAUUGGGUCUUAGUGCUCUAGAGAAGGAACUUCAAAUGCUUACUCCGUACUUGGCUGAUGCAGAUGCUCUUGAGGAUACUGGGCUUGAAAAUGACUUAAUAGGAAAUGAUGACCUAGAUGUUUGUAUGGUAACAAAUGAGGAAAAUGCUGAUGGCAAAGAAUUUCUAAAAGAUAGCUACUGCAUACAUCCUUUCCCUGAGAGUGUAGUCCCUUUUGAUGUUUAUGGGGUGGAAGAUUUCAAGACUGCAGAUACAGAUAUUCAAAACUCUACUACUCACAAAUUUCAGGAAGACCCAAAAGUUGAUCCUGUACUCUCUAAGUUUCAGCAGGAGUAUGAGGUAUUUGACCUGAAGAUUUUCCACCGGAAGAACAGGACUGGCUUUGAGGAAAAUAAAGAAUUCCCUAUUGUCAUGGAUUCAGUUAUAGCUGGAAGAUAUCGUGUCACUGAGUAUCUUGGUUCUGCUGCAUUCAGCAAGGUUGUACGGGCACACGACCUUCGCACUGGAGUUGAUGUAUGCCUUAAAAUAAUAACAAAUGACAAGGAUUUCUUUGACCAGAGUUUGGAUGAGAUAAAGCUCCUCAAGUUUGUCAAUAAAUAUGAUCCAGAUGAUGACCAUCAUAUACUGCGUCUCUAUGAUUAUUUUUACUAUCAGGAACAUCUCUUCAUUGUCACUGAAUUACUUCGUGCUAAUCUUUAUGAGUUUCAGAAAUAUAAUCAGGAGUCUGGUGAUGAGGUGUACUUUUCAUUGCCCAGAAUACAGGCUAUAGCUCGACAAUGCUUGGAGGCUUUGGUGUAUUUGCAUCAUCUAAACAUAGUUCAUUGUGACCUGAAGCCAGAGAAUAUCCUUCUGAAGAGCUAUAGCAGAUGUGAAAUCAAAGUUAUUGAUCUUGGAAGCAGCUGCUUCUUGUCAGACAACUUAAACCUAUAUGUCCAAUCACGUUCUUACCGAUCUCCUGAGGUCAUCCUGGGUUUGCCAUAUGAUCAGAAAAUUGACAUUUGGUCUCUUGGCUGCAUCUUAGCUGAACUGUACACUGGUGAAGUGCUCUUUCCUAAUGAAUCAGUACCAAUCAUUCUUGCCCGUAUGAUUGGGACAAUUGGUCCAAUUGAUAUGGAAAUGCUUGUAUCAGGACGGGAGACCCAGAAGUACUUCACAGAUGACUAUGACCUUUUCCACAAGAAUGAGGAGACAGAUCAGUUGGAGUAUUUGAUCCCAGAGAAAUCUUCUUUGCGGCGCCACUUGCAGUGCCCAGACAAAAAAUUUGUUGAUUUUCUGUCUUACCUGCUGCAAAUAAAUCCCAGAAAGAGACCAACGGCCAGCGAAGCAUUGCAACACCGAUGGCUUUCGUUCAAAUAUAGUUCAACGGCCAAUCAAACUCGUUCCUGACAAGUAGUCUACACUUUCUGAAGCUACUGGCUCCUGAAACAGCAUGUUUCCUUUUGCAACAGGAUUUGGCUUCAUGGUUUUGUUUUUUUUAGGUCAACACAUGGCAUUGAAAACCCUGUUUUGCAAGGUGAAUCAAUCGUGUGUACACGCUAGUUCUGCAUGUAAAUAUGAGAAAAGUUGCUUCUUCUUUUUUGUGUACAGUUGCCAUGUACUACGAUGUUGAUCCAACUCAUGGUAUAGCAAAUGGAAUUCAUAGAUUUACCUUU